AACAUACGAGAUCUAGUGCUCGGGAAGCUUUUGACGGUGGCUGGAGUUUCUGCUCUUCUUUCUUCGCCAAUGCGUCUUCCUGGUAUUCUCUCUGAAGAAUCUGAAGACAUUGUUGGGCUUCUGCAUUUGAUGCUAGUUUUGACUUCUUUUGCCGCUAAAGACAAUUUUGAAGCAAGAGACAUGGUUUUUGGUAGGAUCACUGAGCUUUUUACUGCUGCAUCGAGCCGAUUUUCAGCGGGAACGCAACCUUCGGUGCCGUAUAUGCCUACUGGUUCAUCACCAGAUGUAGGAACCUCAGCGCCAGAUUCCACCAGUUUUGGGAAUGCUGGACGAAAGAACAGUCUGAGACACUCAGCGUCUCUCCAAGAUUUCUCUUCAUACCAUGGGUUUGAUCCUGAAGAAUCCAUUCUUCCUCGGGAAACUGACUCAAGUGCUAAACGGCAAAACAUAUCAUGGGGACAAAAUGGAGCUAGUUUGUCUAAGGAAAAGGGAGGUAUACCGAACGGGACCAACCCAUCUACACGCCGUAAAUUGUUCCGUGCUGUUAUGAUCGUUAUGUGCUUGCUUCUGUUUGCGUUUCUGGUGUAUAUAGUCUCCAUGUAUAUUUAUACAAACUGGUCCCGAGGAGCAGCAAGAUACUAUGUUGUGUUUGACUGCGGAAGCACAGGGACUCGGGCUUAUGUGUACCAGGCAUCUAUAAAUUACAAGAAAGAUAGUAGUCUCCCCAUAGUUAUGAAAUCUUUGGCAGAAGGUAUCUCUAGAAAGUCUAGUGGCCGUGCUUAUGAUCGGAUGGAGACAGAACCCGGGUUUGACAAGCUUGUCAACAACAGAUCAGGCUUGAAAAAAGCGAUUAAACCCCUUAUUCAGUGGGCAGAGAAGCAAAUCCCCAAGCAUGCCCAUAGAACCACGUCUCUCUUCGUAUACGCAACAGCGGGUGUCCGGAGGCUCCGUGCUUCUGAUUCAAGCUGGCUUCUAGGUAAUGUGUGGUCUAUACUGGCGAAGUCGCCCUUCACUUGCAGGAGGGAGUGGGUUAAGAUCAUCAGUGGUACAGAGGAAGCUUAUUUUGGAUGGACCGCUCUUAAUUACCAAACAAGCAUGUUAGGAGCCUUACCCAAGAAGGCAACAUUUGGUGCACUUGACUUAGGUGGCUCAUCAUUGCAGGUAACCUUUGAGAAUGAGGAGCGAACGCAUAAUGAGACCAACCUAAAUCUCAGAAUUGGGUCUGUUAACCAUCAUCUUAGUGCUUAUUCUCUCGCGGGAUAUGGUCUUAAUGAUGCGUUUGAAAGGUCCGUUGUUAAUCUCUUGAAGAGGCUACCAAAUGUCAAUAAAUCUGAUCUGAUUGAAGGAAAGCUGGAAAUGAAACAUCCUUGCUUGAAUUCUGGAUACAGUGGACAGUACACGUGUUCUCAGUGUGCUCCCAGUGUCACAAGAGGUAAAAAAGGGAAGUCAGGAGUUCCUAUCAAGCUCGUUGGUGCUCCUAACUGGGGAGAGUGCAGUGCACUGGCAAAAAUUGCUGUUAAUAGCUCUGAAUGGUCAAACACAAAACAUGGAAUUGAUUGUGAUUUGCAGCCUUGCGCUCUUCCUGAUGGUUACCCUCGUCCUCACGGUCAGUUCUAUGCCGUAUCCGGAUUCUUCGUGGUGUACCGGUUCUUCAAUUUAAGUGCUGAAGCUUCCCUUGAUGAUGUAUUGGAAAAGGGUAGGGAAUUUUGUGAAAAGGCUUGGCAAGUUGCCAGAACAAGUGUUUCUCCACAACCCUUCAUUGAACAGUACUGCUUUAGAGCACCAUACAUAGUCUCCCUGUUACGGGAAGGUUUAUAUAUUACAGAUAAGCAAAUCAUAAUCGGGUCUGGGAGUAUAACUUGGACACUUGGAGUGGCUCUACUAGAAGCAGGGAAGGCUCUAUCUUCUACAUUGGGACUAAAGAGUUACGAGACUCUGAGCAUGAAGAUAAACCCAAUAGCCCUUAUAUCUCUUUUGCUCGUCUCAUUGCUUGUGCUUCUCUGUGCGCUAUCACGCGUCAGCAAUUGUCUGCCAAGAUUCUUUAGAAAGUCCUAUCUCCCACUUUUUAGACACAGUAGCGCCUCAGCUUCCUCUGUUCUUAACAUACCGACUCCCUUCAGAUUCCAGCGAUGGAGUCCUAUGAGUACAGGGGUAAAGACACCGUUGAGUCCAACAGUGCGGGGAUCACCGCGUAGGCCAUUUAGUUUUGGAAGCAGCAUACAGCUCAUGGAAUCUUCAUUGUACUCAUCGAGCAGCUGCGUUAUGCAUAGUUAUUCAUCUGAUAGCUUAGGGGAUAUGCAAGGUGACAGCGGUAGUUCCUUCUGGUCCUCCCCUCGCAGGAGUCAAAUGCGUCUCCAAAGCCGGAGAUCACAAUCCCGAGAAGAUCUUAGUUCGUCGCUCGCUGAUUCACACAUGCUCAAGAUGUAGGAGGAGAAGACGCUUUUUGGUACGGUUUUAUUUUUCUAUCACUUCCACACCUUUCCAGGCUGUUUCUCUUUUCCAGUAUCAUAGAAUCUAAAGGAAAACUUCAUGAGAGCAAAAAAAAUCGCUGUUUCUGUUGACUUGUAAUUCUUUCUUAUACCAUAGAUACUUAUAUGAUUACUAAUUUAACCACAAUUCAACUAUCUAUCACUCUCUUCCUCUUUACCCUUCUACUUGCAUUUCCCCAAAUUCUUUCUUGUGUAGACGCACAGUUUCCUGGUGUUUGAGCAGCUAGAAAGAGAAGAAUCCAUCCCCGGAUUGCGUUUCAGACAGAUUGGUUUAUGUUUCAAGCCUUUUUCAAGAAUGUCCUCGUCUUGGAUUGUGGAGCUCAAAAUCCUUUGGGGACCAUCGUUUGUGGUUGGCAUUUAGAUAUACAGAGCAAUCAGAGUAACUAUCACCUAAACAAGUUACUUAUCUUGCUAUGAUCACAUUUUCAUAUAUAUGGAUUAGAUUUUUUGCAUAUUGGUAUCAGAAUCUUUUAGUUUGAAAUCCAUAGAUUAUUUUUCAUUCAACGC